AUGCCGGAACUUCACGCGCCUUGCAACCCUGUAGGAGUUCAACUGCUGGAAAGACACCUGCAUAAGCAGCUCUUUCCAGCCAGCUCCGCUACUAUAGGGCCUGUUGAUCCCAUGGCACUGGACGUUUCCAUUGACCACUUAGAGGGGCAUGGGCUCUUUGCGUCCAAAGCCUCUCGCCCUAAGCCGACGUCGUUUCAAUUACCGCCUCUUCAGGGCAAAGAUCUUGGCGAACAUUUUUGGACUAUAGGCAGGCGCGUGGCUCACCCAUGGCUCGAAUACGCCAACUCAUUGUCCACAUCUCAUAUUGCCACCCCUCCUUCCGGCAAUCAAGUGCCUGACCCAGAGACCUAUUGGACAGCGGAAAGCUGGCAUGCACUAGAUACCACGCUCCAGGCCAGUGUGCCCGUUCGACCUGCCUGCUUCGCACGAACACCAGGCUGGACAAAAUACCCUUUCUUGCGUGUGCAGGAUGGAGACAUUGUGGGUCUUGGUGAUCCUAUUCCAGUGCCUUAUCCUGACACGGCUGAUACCGCGUUGGUGUUUGAUGUGGAAGUUAUGACCAAAGAGAGCCCCUACCCUGUGAUGGCGACAGCCGUAAGCCAGAAUGCCUGGUACUCAUGGGUAAGUCCAUGGCUUGCGCAGGAUGGAGAAAGAUAUGAAAUGAAGUCGCAUUUGAUUCCUAUGGGGCCACGAGACGGGAGUGCUCCUCCGAGACUCAUCAUCUGUCACAACGCAGGCUUUGAUCGAGCGGCUGUGGUCGAUGAGUACUCACUACAAAGCACCAACAUCCGCUGGCUUGAUACUAUGAGUCUGCAUGUGGCUACAAAUGGUAUUUCUUCGCCACAACGUGCCGCAUGGACGGAGCACUAUCGUGCUCGAGCUCUAAAACGGCUUCAAGCAGCGAUGGCCGAGCAGCAGUUUGAAGAGGAUGCACGUGCUGAAAUCAAGCAGCUUCUUGAGUCCCGGGGAAUGGAUGAUGAGGCACUAGGGGCAAUUCGGCUACAAGCCUUGGGCGAGCUCUCAGAGGAAUUGCAAGCGAGCUUGCAGGAAAGUACGAUGGUAUUUGAUUCCACCUUGUCGGCACCUGAUACUUUGAUGGACGAUGACCAAAGCCAGGUGCUAUGGCAGGAUAUCACCUCAAAAAAUUCGUUAGCAGAUGUGGCUGCUCUUCAUUGCGGUAUACAUCUAGAGAAAGAGACACGAAAUGUAUUUAUCGAUGGGACCCCGAGGGAGGAAGUUUGGGCACAGCUUCCGUCUCUUCUGGCAUACUGUGCCACAGAUGUAUCAACGACCUUUGCUGUCUUCAAAAAAGUAUGGCCUGCCUUCAUUAAGAGUUGCCCACAUCCUGUCACAGUAGCAGGCGUACUUGGACUAGGAAGCACAUUCCUCCCUGUGGACACCAGUUGGGUUCGGUACCAAGAAAAUGCACAGGCCAAAUUUAAGGAAAUGAAUGCCCGUGUGGUCUCUACACUGAAAGACAUGGCUGAAUCGCUUAUGCAAGCCGGUGUAGAAGCCAUUGAGAACGACGCAUCGAGGGACGAUCGUUGGUGGGAAACUGAUCCCUGGUAUGGUCAGCUGGAUUGGUCACCGAAAAAGCCCAAACUAAUAGACCCAUCCACGAUGGUCCCUUUAUGGUGGCGUGAUAAGAUUGCCAAUGCAAAAAGCCUUUUAUCUGCACGGAUCAAAGUGGUACCUCUUCUUCUUCAACUUCGUUGCGAUGGUAAUCCGGUCUGUCUCAGUGAAAAUGGCAAGCAGUGGGUGGUAUUGAUGAAGGGAGAAAAGGUUCCAUUGCCUGGUUCGCCAUUGUCUCAAGCUGUGCUGAAAAAGCAUGCCAUUACGUCUGAUGCAGGAACUCUGGGGGAGGAAAUUCUGGAAGCCAUAUCGCAGGGCAGCGAUCGCGUGAGUGACCUGCUUCGCCAGCUAGCCGAUCACGUUCGUACGCUAGGGCCUGGCAAGGAUCCACGCUUGCAGCAGUUGCCAUGGCAGGCCGUUCCCUACCAGGACCCUACGUUGCCUGCACCAUGGUGGCCCAAAUGGUACUGGGACCUGUACGAUAGUGCUUGCCAAGAUUUGGACAUUACUAUCCGUGCUAAAGUAGCACCUCUGUUGCUCAAAAUUGCAUGGGAUGGAGCGCCUGUUUUUCGCAGUCGCGAACAUGGCUGGGUUUACCGCACGACAGUACCCAAAGAAGCUCAGGCGCCUUUGACCUUUACACAUGAAGCAGAUGCACAUCUCUGUACCGGUUAUUUCUACAAGCUCCCUCAUGCCAAUGGUGAUGGAAGCAAUGUGGGCAAUCCGUUUAGCAAGAGUUUCUUGCCUUACUUUGAAAGCGGACGACUUAAGAGUUUACAUGGGGAGCGCGGUGGUGAGGCCGCCCGGGAUGCGCUGGAGAUGAACGCCCAAUGCAGCUACUGGAUCAGCGCUCAUGACCGCAUUGAAAAACAGUUUGUUGUUUGGGAUGGAGAGGCCGACACGCGCAUGGGAUUCACUGGCCCUACGUCAAACUACGGGCUGAUUCUCCCACAAGUCAUUUCCAUGGGUACAGUAACCAGACGUGCGAUUGAGAAAACAUGGCUGACGGCUUCAAAUGCAAAAAAGAACCGUAUUGGAAGUGAGCUUAAGUCCAUGAUCAAAGCGCCUCCUGGAUGGAGUAUUGUCGGGGCCGAUGUCGACAGUGAAGAGCUCUGGAUAUGCAGCGUGAUGGGUGAUGCGCAAUUCGGCAUCCAUGGUGCUACAGCCAUUGGGUGGAUGACGCUGGAAGGCUCGAAAGCGGAAGGUACAGAUCUGCAUAGCAAAACAGCGUCCAUCUUGGGCACGAGUCGAAACCAGGCCAAAGUGUUCAACUACAGUCGCAUUUACGGUGCUGGCAUACGACAUGCCAUGCAUCUGCUUUUGAAGGCGAAUCCCAGUAUGCCAGUAGAAGAAGCAGGGCGGCGUGCCAAGCAGCUGUAUGCUGCCACCAAAGGACAAACGACACGCUCCAAUGCACUGUUUGGGCGAAAGUUUUGGUACGGGGGCACAGAGAGUUUUGUCUUCAACAAAUUGGAAGAAAUUGCUCUGAGUGAUGAGCCUAAGACACCAGCCUUGGAUUGUGGUAUAACUGCAGCGCUGUCGAAACGAUUCUUGCCCAAAGGCCGUGGACAGAGCAGGCAAGACUACAUGCCCAGCCGAAUCAACUGGGUCGUGCAAUCCAGCGGUGUGGACUAUCUGCAUUUGCUCCUUACAGCCAUGGAUCAUCUUUGCUCGACGUACGAUAUUCAAGCUAGAUUCAUGCUAAGUGUCCAUGAUGAAGUCCGCUACUUGGCACGCGACGAAGAUCGAUAUCGCGCUGCACUGGCGCUACAAGUGGCCAACUUAUGGACACGAUCCAUGUUUGCGUUUAAACUGAAUAUGGACGAUCUACCAGAGUCCUGUGCCUUUUUCGCAGCGGUGGACAUAGAUCAUGUGCUGCGCAAGGAAGUAGAUGAUCCUUGCGUGACACCGUCGCAGCCAGAGCCUAUUCCACCAGGCGAAUCACUGGAUAUCCACGCCAUUCUUGCACGUACCAAUGGAUCUCUUUUCAGUGAUCAACGCCCCAUGCCACAGGCCGAAAGCAUUCAGGAUAUCGCACAUAUUCCAGGCACCUUACCCCAGUACGAUCCUGGUGUUCCAACCUAUGUCCCAUCCUCCCAACAACAUCGAUGCGUAGGCGAACGUGGUCUGUUGUUCCUUCAAGCGCAGGCUACCACGAAUAUUGAUGAGAUCCGCACGCUCGACCGGCGUAUUCGACGACGACAAAGUGCGGCCAUGACACCCAACAAAUCCAGGAUGUACUCGACCAAAGUGCAUGCCACUAUUAAGGUGGAAGGUGCUACCUUUCUGGCACUAGAAGCAAUGCUCCCUCCUCGACCAUUACGACGCAAGGUCCUAGCGCGUCAACAAUCACAGCCACGCAUUCCACGGCCACAGCCACGUCCUCCUCGGAAACCCAAGGACCCCUCUCGUCGCAUCCAUAUAUCCGGUGCUCUUCUUCCACCGUCGCUUUUUAACAAACCAAUGCUUCGGUAUAAACCGGAACAGCCACUCUCUAUGACCAUGAUGAUCCGCGCGCGACGUCGCGCUCGCCUGCGGCGCCUUCAGCAGUGGGAUGAAGUGCAAGAAAUGAAGCAGCUCACGAGUGUAGAAGCAGCUACUCAUCCACACGACGCAUUCUAUGCACGACCUCACGAUUGGCGUACGUAUGAAACCACGAACAAUGACUAA